AUGGACCGUAAAGAGAGUCCGACACAGGAUGGUGUAAAAAUUCCAUCAUUCGAAUAUGGAAUUACCGCACUUGGAAAGUACGACAACGCGGAACAAGUAGUACUAACUCUACCUGGACGGCAUAAGAUCACCAAUUUCAAGAGUUUCUCCCUGUUCUGCUAUAAAUAUGAGCAUAACUUCGGCUCGAUUGUCAUCCCUGAGAACCUCAUUGUUCCGCGACCUCAGUUUUUAGCCAGUGAACUAAAAGGCAGCCGCUACUCCGUCGGCUCAGGGCCAAUUCUCAUCAUGGACAAGCGGACGAUCAAGAUCUUCGGCUUCACGUUCGAUGCCGACAAAGCUCCUGAUGGAUACUUCUUCGUUGGACGAGGGCCAAAUGUCGCUCAUGAUGCCGGAGUGAAAGUGCCGAUUCGUGGCCGUGACACGCCAGAAUUGUAA